GGGUUAUUCUCUAUCCAAACGUGGACUCAAAGUGGACCCAGCUUCUCUGUUACAGUUUCAUCUACAUGGAUUUUGCCCAACUCCACGAGUUCAUGUAGUUCCUUCCUUCCCUCCCUCCCUCCCCCUCUAAGCAUCGGAUCCCUCUUUAACUAUCUAUUACCCACAAAUCUUUUACCUUUUUGCAAUCAAUCGUUGGAACAAACAAGAAAAACCCUACCUGAAUCGCCAAUUUCUUGUAUUUCAAUCCCCACCUUGAAAUUCACUUCAUUCUCUGCCAUGCCCUAUGUUUGUUCUUCAUUGUUUGGAGGUUAAUAUUCGUUACUUUCGUUGAUCAGUGUUCUAAUUUUACAGAUCGAGAUGGUUCCGUGGGGCGGAGUCACUUGUUGUUUGAGUGCCGCCGCUCUCUAUCUUCUUGGACGAAGUAGCGGAAAGGAUGCAGAGGUUCUCAAAUCGGUAACUCGAGUUAAUCAACUGAAGGAUUUGGCACAAUUACUGGAUGCUGCAAACAAAGUGUUGCCUUUUGUCGUGACAAUAUCUGGUAGAGUUGGUUCAGAUACUCCUAUCAACUGCGAGUAUAGUGGUUUGAGAGGAGUAAUUGUGGAGGAAACAGCAGAACAACACUUUUUGAAACAUAAUGAUGCUGGUUCAUGGAUUCAAGACUCUGCGCUUAUGCUAUCAAUGUGUAAAGAGGUUCCCUGGUUCUUAGAUGAUGGAAGUGCUCAUGUAUAUGUUGUUGGAGCUCGUGGUGCUGCUGGUUUGGUGUUAACUGUUGGAAGUGAAGUAUUUGAGGAGUCAGGACGAUCACUUGUUCGUGGAACAUUGGAUUAUCUACAAGGUCUCAAGAUGCUUGGAGUCAAGAGAAUUGAACGUGUUCUUCCAACAGGCACUCCAUUAACUGUUGUUGGUGAGGCUAUUAAAGAUGACAUUGGAACAGUUCGGAUCCAACGACCCCUCAAAGGCCCAUUUUAUGUCUCUCACAAAACCAUCGAUCAACUCAUUGCAAAUCUUGGGAAAUGGGCCAGGUGGUACAAGUAUGCUUCAAUGAGUUUUGCUGCAUUUGGUUUUUAUCUGAUUGCUAAGCACGCUUUUCAAUACAUAAUGGAAAGAAAACGUCAUUGGGAAUUGAAGAAAAGAGUUCGUGAUGCUGCAGCCAAAAGAGCAGCUCCAGAUAACGAAGGUUCAAAUGGUAAAGCAGAAAAUGGAUUUAGUGGCACCCGAAAGGAUGUGCAAAUGCCUGAUAUAUGUGUCAUAUGUCUUGAACAGGAGUACAAUUCUGUUUUUGUCCCGUGUGGUCAUAUGUGCUGUUGUGUGACAUGUUCUUCACACCUAACGAGCUGUCCGCUAUGUCGAUGUCGAAUUGGACAGGUGGUCAAGACCUUCCGUCAUUGAGAACUGCAUUUGUAUGCAUAUCAAUAACUGUGAUUCUAAACUCAAACUCAUAAUUUUGUCAUUGAGAACUGUAUGUAUCAUGUAUGUAUGUAUGUAUGAAUAAUUAUGAGUUCUUAGCAUUAGUUCUACAUUAGAAGUUACAUAUCCUCUGUUCUGCUCGGUUUAUUCUCAAAUUUCUUUACCUGAAGGUGUAAAUAUAUGUACUUCACCAUCUAGUUUACUGUAAUUUUGAAUCAAUCGAGUGAAUCACAAGCCAUGUUUAUGACA